AGCGGCUCGUCACGCCACUGAAAAAUCCGCUUGCAUCACGAGCACACUGAAAGAGAGUGGAGCGAUCUUUGUUUCCCAUGGCGACAGCGAUUGAGGAAGUUGCACCGGCCGUUGCCGGGGCGCCGGCGCCGGAGAAGGUGGACGAGGUGAAGGAGGCGGCCGCUGUGGAGACGCCGGAGAAGGUGGAGGAGGCGCCGAAACCUGCGGAGGGGGAGGGGAAGAAGGCAGAGGAAGGGGAGGAGAAGAAGGCCGAGGAGGGGGAGGCGAAGAAGGCAGAGGAGGGGAAGAAGGCGAGGAAGCCGCGGAGCAGGAAGCCCAAGUCCGCCGGGCCGCACCACCCGCCCUACUUCGAGAUGAUCAAGGCGGCGAUCCUGUCGCAGGACGGCAAGGCGGGGGCUAGCCCGUACGCGAUCGCCAAGCACAUGGGGGAGAAGCACCGGGACGUGCUCCCGGCCAACUACCGCAAGGUGCUGGCCGUGCAGCUGCGCAACUUCGCCGCCAAGGGCCGCCUCGUCAAGGUCAAGGCCUCCUUCAGGCUCGCCGAGGCCGAGGAGAAGAAGGUCGCCUCCGCCGCGAAGGCGAAGGCGGCGCCGGUGGCAGCGGCAAAGCGCAAGAGGGCGCCGGCCCCCGCCGCGCCCGCCAAGAAGAAGAAGCCGGCCGCCCCCGCGGAGGCGAGGAAGGCGCGCGCGAAGCGGGCGAGGAAGGCGGCCCCGGCGCCGGCGCAGCCGAUGCCGAAGGCGAAGCAGCAGCAGACGACCAGGUCCGUCCGCGCCGCCGUCGCCAAGAAGGCCGCCGCCAACAAGGCCAGCGCCUGAUCACCCGCCGCCGCCAGCGCUCCUUGUCGUUUUGGUCCCUGUAGGCGCGCCGCCGUGUACAGCUAGUAGUAGUAGUAGUAGUUAAGCAGUAGUGGUGGUCGUGUCCACCUGCUCGAUCAGGCGGAGCGGCGAGCGCUCUGCUCCGCCGCGUGUUGUAAAUACCGGAACCCAGUGGGGGGGUGUGUGGUGGCAAAUAAGCGCGCGCUUGUAGCUUCUGCUGAUGCUUGGAAGAAGAAGAACCCGUGUCAGUGGAGUGCUGUGCUAGUGAGUAGGAGUAUGUGACGAGGGCUUUCUUAACUGAUGAUCAUCUUUCGAGUUCAAUC